AGGCUAGCCCUGGAGAUGGGGGACCAGAAGGACGACCUGAGAAAGAUCAUCACGACCCUUGCAGUGAAGAAUGAAGAGAUCCAAAAUUUCAUCUACUUGCUCAAGCAGAUGCUUCAAAAUGUGGAGACCAAUUCGGAUCGGGUGCAAGAAGAUCUGGAGGCCGAAUUCCAGUCCCUGUUUGUCCUGCUGGAUGAGCUGAAGGAAGGGAUGUUGAUGAAGAUCAAACAAGAUCGGGCCAGCCGGACGUACGAACUGCAGAACCAGCUGGCGGCUUGCACAAAAGCCUUGGAAAGUUCAGAGGAACUUCUGGAAACCGCCAACCAGACCCUCCAGGGGGCUCAGAACCAAGACUUCAACCAGGCUGCUAAACAGAUCAAGGACAGUGUGACUAUGGCCCCCGCAUUCCGGCUCUCGCUCAAGGCUAAAGUCACGGACAACAUGAGCCAUCUGAUGGUGGAUUUUGCCCAGGAACGCCAAAUAUUGCAGAGUCUGAAAUUCCUACCAGUUCCCAGCGCGCCAGAGAUAGACAUGGCUGAAUCGUUGGUGGCUGACAACUGCGUCACCCUUGUGUGGAAGAUGCCAGAUGAGGAUGGCAAGAUCGACCAUUACGUGCUGGAACAUCGGAAGACCAACUUUGAAGGGCCGCCUCGUGUCAAGGAAGAUCAGCCAUGGAUGGUUAUCGAAGGAAUUAAGCAGACCGAGUACACUCUCUCUGGGCUGAAAUUUGACAUGAAGUACAUGAACUUCCGUGUCAAAGCUUGCAACAAAGCUGUGGCAGGAGAGUUUUCGGAGCCGGUUACUUUGGAAACAAGAGCCUUCAUGUACCGCCUGGACGGCAGCACCAGCCACCAAAAUCUCAAGGUGGAAGACCUCAGCGUGGAAUGGGACGCCAUGGGCGGGAAGGUGCAAGACAUGAAAGCCCGUGAAAAGGAUGGGAAGGGCCGUACCGCUUCCCCGGUUAAUUCUCCAGCCAGGUGCAUCCAGUCUCCGAAAAGGAUGCCGACGGGCCGUGGAGGGAGAGACCGAUUCACUGCCGAAUCCUACACGGUGUUGGGAGACUCCUUGAUUGACAGCAGUGACCACUACUGGGAGGUGCGCUGCGACCGGGACAGCAAGGCCUUUGCGGUGGGCGUGGCGUAUCGGGCUUUGGGCAAGUUUGACCAGCUGGGCAAAACCUCUUCCUCCUGGUGCCUUCAUCUCAACAACUGGCUGCAGGUCAGCUUCACGGCCAAACACAACAACAAGGCCAAGAUCUUGGACAUCCCGGUGCCUGACGUCAUUGGCGUGUAUUGCAAUUUCCACGAAGGCUUCCUCUCAUUCUACAAUGCAAAAACCAAGCAGUUGCUGCACACAUUUCGGGCCAGAUUUACUCAACCAGUUCUUCCAGCCUUCAUGGUGUGGUGUGGCAGCUUCCACGUCUACUCCGGCUUGCAAGUGCCCAGCGCCGUCAAAUGCCUUCAGAAGCGUAACAGUGCCACCAGCAGUUCGACCACCAGCCUCACUUAGAGGCCCACGUCCCACCCCUCCUUUCCAAGCAGGGACCCUCUCGCCACGAGACAGACCCGCAGUACGAACCGUCCACAGCCACAGACCCCACUGUAUUU